UCUAUAACCAACCAACACGGCAUCUCAUCUCGGUUUUAUUAUCAUUUCUCGGAUAUAAGUAGACGGAGCCGGAAACCAGAAUAGAGGAGGAGAUGAAGGCGAGUGCGAAGGUGGGAGCAGUUUGGUUGGUGGUGAUGGCUUGCGUUGUCACAAAGGGAAUGAGCGAAGGCAGAAGCAUUGUGGUUGGAGACUCUCAAGGAUGGCGUGCCGGCACUAACUACACCGACUGGGCCGUCCAAAAUAGCCCCUUCCGCAUCAACGAUACGCUCGUGUUCAAAUAUCCUCCGCCGGCGAAAUGGAGUGCAGCUCCGAGCGUGUACUUGAUGCCGGACUUGUGGAGCUUCGUGACGUGCGAUUUCAAGGAGGCCAAGCUGGUGGGAAGGCCGACCGAGGGAAGUGGGGAGGGUUUUGAGUUUCAGCUGAAUCGGUGGCAGCCUUACUACUUUGCUUCUGCCGACGGCAGUGGCUACGACUGCAUCGCUGGUCUCACCAAGUUCGUUGCUACUCCCAUGAAUUAGCCUCCCUCCCUCUUGGCUUUUCGUUUCCCAAAAUAACGCAACCCAAACAUAUUGACAUAUCUAUGUCUACCCAUAUUAAUUCCAAUAGUUUCAUCUCUCCCAUUGUGUGUUUGCUGGCUUUGACUUUAGUUGCUUUUGCCAAGCGUGCUUUGUUUGUCGACUACCCCUAACCGUAUGUACUCCUUUUCCUUCAAUUAUAAAACUAUGAAUUCCUGGAGAUAUAGCAUAAUAGUGGUGUUCUUUUAGUU